UCUAAUAACGCACGGGUGCCUGCGCGGUGUGUGCGGAGGACCGGAGGUGAAAAAAGAAAGUCGGUCUGCUAAUAAAGACUGGCUAUCCCUCGGCGGCUCUAGCAGACGCUAAAUUAGGUAGGGGAAUUAGGAUAACUUGGAUGGUUAUUUUUACAGCUUUACGGACGACGUUAAUAUUUGAUGCUCUGAAAAAAAUAUUAAGAGAAUCAGCGUAAUGCGUGGCGAGGGAAGAGGGUCCGCUUGCUGUCAGUGUUUUGUCCUUCAGUGGUAAAGGAGGCCAAAAUAAUGCAAGGUCCAUCUAUCCGAUGGAUAAUUCAAGCGGAAUAUCUCUGAAGCAUUAGCAGACAACGACUUGUGCGGUUUGCACUCCAAUGGAAUUCAACGCCAUACUUUAACGCUCUGCGACACGAUUCAGGAAUGGACGAUGGAAUUCUCUGCGCCUUUACAAUGAAGAAUCUGUUGGUCUCUCUCUUGCUUGCGAGCAUCACCUGCCGACUGAGCCUCUCCCAGACUACGGCAGGAACGCUCAAAGAGGCAGAGACGAACGACAACAUCACCAUAUUCACUAGGAUCUUGGAUGGACUGCUGGAUGGUUAUGACAACAGACUGCGACCCGGACUGGGAGAAAAGGUAACCGAGAUUAAGACAAACAUCUUUGUCACCAGCUUUGGCCCAGUUUCAGACACUGAAAUGGAGUACACGAUCGACGUGUUUUUUCGGCAAAGCUGGAAGGACGAGAGGCUUCGGUUCAAAGGGCCAAUGGAGAUGCUCCCCCUCAACAACCUCCUCGCCAGCAACAUCUGGACCCCCGACACCUUCUUCCUCAAUGGGAAGAAGUCCAUCGCCCACAACAUGACGACCCCCAACAAGCUCCUGCGGCUGAAGGAUGACGGCACCCUGCUCUACACCAUGAGAUUAACCAUCUCAGCGGAGUGCCCCAUGCAGUUAGAAGAUUUCCCCAUGGAUGCCCAUGCAUGUCCCCUGAAGUUUGGAAGCUAUGCCUAUCCUGUUUCGGAGGUGAUAUACACAUGGACGAUGGGAGCAGCCAAGUCUGUGGUGGUGGCGGAGGACGGGUCGCGACUCAACCAGUACCACCUGAUCGGGCAAACGGCGGGAACGGAGGACAUCUACACCAGCCGAGGUCAGUACACAGUGAUGAUGGCGCACUUCUACCUGAAGAGGAAGAUUGGCUACUUUGUGAUCCAGACCUACAUGCCCUGCUUCAUGACUGUGAUCCUGUCACAGGUGUCCUUCUGGCUGAACCGAGAAUCUGUGCCGGCCAGAACAGUCUUCGGUGUGACCACGGUCCUGACCAUGACCACGCUCAGCAUCAGCGCCCGUAACUCCUUGCCCAAGGUGGCCUACGCCACGGCCAUGGACUGGUUCAUCGCUGUCUGCUACGCCUUCGUCUUCUCUGCCCUGAUCGAGUUCGCCACCGUCAACUACUUCACCAAGAGGAGCUGGGCAUGGGAUGGCAAGAAAGCCAUGGAGGCACAGCAGCCAAAGAAAAAGGACCCCCUGGCCCUGUCGAAGAAGCCAAACAAUGCCUGUUCGGCAGGAGGCGUGAAUUACGCACCAAAUAUCAACAAGGAUACGGCCAUCGCCACCAUCUCGAACAGCUCCUCCGUGCAGCUUAAGCCUGCUGAAACGAAGGCUAUGGACCCCAAAAAGACCUACAACAGCGUGAGCAAAAUUGACAAAAUGUCCAGAAUUGUGUUCCCGGUGCUGUUUGGGACUUUCAACCUAGUCUACUGGGCCACUUACCUCAACAGGGAACCAGUGAUCAAAGGAGCGGUUUCGCCUACAUAAACACCCAGCCACCCACCACCACAGCCCCCCCACCCCCACCCCCCCAACUCUCGUUUCGAGAAUCUCAGCCAUACUGGUCAACAAUCUGGAUUACCACAGACAACAAUGACAAGCACUGGAGACUUGCUGAAAUCAUAGCCUCUGGAGAAGGGUCCUUUUUAUCAUAAGUUGCAUGAUCAAAGCUAGAUGGAAAUACUAUUGCCAUGUUUGCCUUGGCUAUUUAUACUGUAUAUUAGUCUACCAGGAUUUCUUACAGAAUGUUGCAUUUUAUUCAAUGAAGCAAGAAUUUUUAUCAUCGCCGAGUACUUUCCUCUCUCAGUGAACUGACCACCACUACAUAGGAUUUGGCAUCUACAUUUUUGUCAUCAAUCAAAAUUGCAUUAAGUUUGAAACAGAGGGGUAGAGCAAAGCCAAAUGCUAUGCAAUUCAAUGUUUUAUACUGUAUUUAUGAUGAAUCUCUUCUUUUGCCAUAUAAAAGUGGGCUUUCAGCAUCCCAGCAUCUAUGAAUGGACUUCAGAAAAAGGGACUGAAGAAUUUAGCUUCAAGCAGAAGAAUAGCCAUGCGAAAUAUGUUGCCUUCAGCGUGAAAAAUUCCUCCCUGUGUGUGCAGUUGAAUUACCUGCAAUUUUUAUUUUUAUUAUUUUUAUGAAAUGCUUUGUUCAGAAACUUUAUUUCUUGAUCAUUGAGCAGCUUGUGAUCAUUUAAGUGACUACAAUUCACUAUUUAAGUAUUUUGCUUCUAGAUAGAAUGUGACAAACAAUAGAUUUUCUUAGAUAGUUUGCUUCUAGAUACGAUGUGGGCGGGUACAUUUUCUAUACAGUAAAUAUUUUGGUUGUAGUUUUGACUUUAAAGCUAUUUUGAAUCUAUGUACGCAUUCUGCUUUUGGACAAGCUAAACAAACUACAGUGAAGGACACGCUAAAGAGAAGGUUUGCUGCCAUGCAAAGUGUCGUUUUAGCAACGCAAAUACAAGCUACUGUAUGACUCUUGAAAAUAUUAGAAAGUAUUGAUUUAUGAGUGCUUAUUGUAAGCUUACUGUAAGCUUUGAGUAAUUAUGAUGCUGUUUUUAUGUUGCUUUUUCAUCUGCUUUCUUACCGUGGGAUUGUACAUUAAUGUCUUCUUUUUGUAUAUACAUUGCACUUAUUUAUUGCUUCUUUACAUAUUUAGCAUAGGUUUUAUCGCUUUUCGAGUUUGUACAUUUUUCUUACUGUUCACUCCGUUUUGAAAUUAUUAUAGUCUUGAAGUUAGCUUAAGAUGAGAUGUUAAAAUGUGAACUUGGCUACCUGAAAACAAGAUUGGCAAGGAGGAGGCUUCUAAAUCUGUCAGCUAUCAGAAAUCUAGGGGAGAAGACUGUGAAUAGUAUCAUCAGUAUUAUUAACUUUACCAAUCUGCGGGUUGCAUUGAUUAUAUAACCUCUGACAUGAAGACUAAGAUGUGUGUUUUCUAUCCAUUUAUGUGCAAGACAUUGGUUAAAAACAUAUUUGAACGGUGUUUGUGUAGCACUGCGUCUUUAAUUAAAAGCAGCUAGCAGUGCCACACUAGUCUGGGAAUGAGAGUGAAAGGGAGAUCGGCUGUGGGGGAAGGAACUUUGCUUCGGUGUGUCCUGAAAGGUCGGGUUAUGUGUGAGACUUCACGUCUGUUGUGUGUUCAAGGAGCCCACCUUAAGUUGCUCCUGUCGUAUGAAUGACCUGGCCGAGGGCACAGCCUGCCUCUCGCUCCUCUAAACUCUGUGUGCCUGAGGUCUGGGGUGGAAAAGAGAUCAUUAAUAUGAUUAUUAGAUAAUUAAACGGUUAUUCCCAAACCGACAGAGUGCUCCUUAUCAAAGCUAUCUUCCGCAGAGCGGAGCCUGAGCAGCCAGAACCGCCCCGGCACCUCACAUAUCCCCAUUAGGCUCAUUACUGUCCUAAUUAAGAAAGCAGAAUGAUGGGAGGGGGUGGAGCUAUAGAGGCGGGACAUGCCCCCACCACCUGAUUGAUGUCUGCCUUCUCCCCCGGUAUAGAGAGAGGGGAGCUGAAACUGCUCCCCAUAGAACGAAGACAUGCGUAGGCACAGACUACAUGAUUGCAGUGAAGGCUGUGCGGGCUAAGGCAUGUGUGUGAGACAUAAAACGCUCCUGCAUUAUUAUCUGCCAUCACAUUAAUGUACAGCUCUAAAGCAUAA